AUGGCGAAAUGUACGACUUUUGACUUCACCUUUCUUCCACUACGAGCUUUAAAAAUGUAUUGGGUUCGCUUUUCUCUACUUAUUUCCGCUUUGUUUGCUGUCCUUUGCGCAGCUAAUCGCGGUCCCACCAUUACAGACAUUGUUUACUUUGAUCUGAAACAGGGCGACGACUUUUUGGGACGUGUCGAAUUCGGUUUGUAUGGAAAGACUGUCCCGAAUACGGCCGAAAACUUUCGUGUGUUAGCAACUGGAGAAAAGGGCUUUGGCUAUGAAGGAUCUUCCUUCCAUCGCGUGAUUCCCAAAUUUAUGAUCCAAGGAGGAGACUUUACUAACCAUGAUGGUACCGGUGGAAAAUCAAUUUAUGGACCUCGUUUCCGUGAUGAGAACUUUAAAAUCAGUCAUAGCCGUCCUGGUUUAUUGAGUAUGGCGAAUGCCGGUCCCGAUACCAAUGGUUCUCAAUUCUUCAUCACCACCACGAAGACCCCCUGGUUGGAUGGCCAUCAUGUUGUGUUCGGUGAAGUCGUUUCUGGUUAUGAAAUCGUUCAAAGGAUUUCCAAGACCAAAACUGAUAAGCGUGAUCGUCCUGUUGUCGAUGUUGUCAUUGCCAAAUCUGGUGUUCUUUCCAAAGCUGAAAAUGACGAAGGAAAUGAAGAGUUGUAACUCCCUGACAAGUGAAUACGUGUCUCCAACGAAAUGAAUGGUUUCUUAUUCAUCCUGCAUGAUAUUUUAUAUAUGAUCGUAGCUUUCUUUUAGAUAAUGCAUUCUUUGAAAUAGAAGACGAGUUCUGUCCGUUUCCGGUAAAGGAUUCUACCAUCUGUUGACAUUCGCAUAAGUAAUCAAAAUUUCUUUUAACC